AUGUCUUUUCCGGGUCCCUUCGAUCUGAAUAUAUUCUGGUCUAGUGAUCGAUCAUGUUGGGGUUAUGGGGAGAAGUUAUUUACGGCCGAUGCAACAGUUCGUAUCGAUCGAUUGUGGAGUUUCUCUGAACUUGAUAAUUAUGUACACAGGCUGUUAGAAUCUGAGAACCAACAAAUACUUCCUCUGCAAUAUGUUUUAGUCUGCACAGAUGAGUACGGCAGAAGGGGGCAAGCGCCCAUAAGAGACGACGAGUCAAUGUCAUGGAUUUACCGAGGUGCCCAUUUGCGUCCAGCAUUGUACGUAGAGGCCAAUUUAGUGCAAAACAUGCGGCAUAUUACUCUAGAUGGGCUACAACGUAAUCCAGCUGAUUCUUGGAAUCACAAUGCCUUUCUACAGCUGCACAAUUUGACACAUCAGGCAAUGACUGUCAGCAAGACAUCUGUUUGGGCUGAUAGUGAGAACCCAAGCCAAGAUUUUGUUCCAGCUGACCCAACCCAGGAGUAUAUCCCACCUAGGCCUCCCAGGACUGACCGAGGCGGCUUCCAGUUAGGGAGUGGGAGAAUGAGAAAACCUGUGGCCACCCAGAAUACCGGCGGGCAAUCUUCUACCCCCCAUGUGUCUCCUUAUCGUCCAGCAUCGCCACACCACCAUCCCUCUUCUCCUUUUGAGCAAAUGCAUUUUGAUUCAGAUUUUAUUAAUCUAGAUCCUAAUGCUGGGGUUUCUUUGAGACUAGUUACGAGGGUGGUCAUCAUAGUCGACAUCUAG